AUGAACCCUAAAGGAAGUGGAGGAGUGGAGGGCGGCAAGGCUGGCCGGCGUGGCAGUGGAAGGCGCCGCCGACCUCCGACUGCGAGCCGCGCCGCCGACCUGCGCCCGGGAGCCGCGCCGCCGACCCGCGCCCCAGAGCCGCGGCCAGCGCUGCUGUUGUGUGGGGCGGCGCCGCUCGUCGUCCCCUGCUCGUCCGCCGCUCGCCCAGCCGCACGCCCAGCACAGGGCCGCCUCUCGCCCGUGUGCAGGAUGAAUUCGGCCCCGGACUGCCCUUACGAGCUCGAAUUAACGAAUACAUUUAGCUUAGAUAUUGUUGUUCAAGGAUUUGUGCUCAAAGAACCGACCGGUAGGAAAUCAUAUGUGAAGGGGAAAACAAUUAGGUGGAAUGUGAACUCAGAUAAUUUCACAAUGGAUGUGCUCAUAGAUGGGUUAAGUUCCGAGUUGAGAGUUGGCAGGGAUCAGAGUAUCACCGUGUGGUAUUUUAACAUGAUAAUGGCUCAAGAUGUUAAACUAACUCAGUCCGAUGAUUUUCAUCUGAUGUUUGAUAUGUAUAGAGCAGAGAGGAGGCUUGCACUUGUUGUUGUUGUCGUUCACAACUCAUGUUCUGAAACUUUAGACUCUAUGCUUGACAAUGAUGAUUAUGUCCCUGAGGCAACAAUUCCUGAUAAUGAUGUUCUUCUGCUGGGUCUCCAAGGCUGUCCUCUAACUCCUAGUAAAAAUGGAGCAUCUUAUUCAACCUCGCCACUAAAACAAUCUGCUCAAGUGGUUCCAUCUACCUCAACUAUAGAAACUGAUCCAUUUGACAUAGUUGAGGAGUAUGUAGGAGUAGAUGAUGAGUACAUGUAUGAUGUCCAUGUGGAUGUCUCAGCAACAUGUGGAAAGUAG